CGUUCUGCAAUGGGUCAUUCCCGAAAAAGGGACAUACAGUAUGUUGCUUUUACUACGGGUACGUAAUUACAGUACUUUGUACUACUUCUACUUCUAGUAAAAAUCUGGAUUUCAUUUUGGCGCAGCAUWAGCUUUAAAGUGUGUUGUAUGUUGUACGUAGUAUGUAUGGUACUCGCAACUCGUACCCAUCCURUCGUCGUAUCGUACUUCCUGUCGAUUGGAUUUUCUUGUUCAGAUUCAGGUCGCAUCAUAUGCUUCGUACUCGUAUGCAUCUGUACGAAGUUGGUCGAGGCUCAAGGCCGACACGACCAACUAGCUCUCUGUAUCACAUCAUCGCCAUCUGGACGUUUCUGCAUCAUCACCCRCUCGUUCGUGYCAGACAAACUCCCCGAAGAUGCYGCCGAUGCCCAACAGUUCUCCCGACAGUCYSUCACCGAUSUCGUCCCCGCAACCACCAUCGGAGGAACGGGCAACGGAAGGGAAGCCAAGCAAUGGUCUCGACAAAAAAGAGAACGACCRGGCCGUUCUGGAGCAGCUCCUGACCAAACUCCGAGCAAGCCUCGGCCACGGCUGCCACGGCAUGGGUGCCUUUGCCGACACGCUGAUGGAGAACGUCGAGCUAAGGAGCUUCUGUCGCAGCGGCUCCUCUUUGGGGCGGGAUCCGAAGCAUCGGCCAAGUACAACGACGACGACGACGACGCGGUUGGUCGUGUCCUUCCCCGUCACCCCUUUGCUUUGCAACGGUUUCGACACUCUCCACGGGGGAGCCCAGGCCACCGCGGUAGACAUCUUCACGUCGGUCCUGCUGGCCGCUCUGGAGCCGGUCCCGAGCGUGACGGCGGACCUGCACGUUUCGUGCCUGGCACCGGCUCCGGUGGAAUCGAUCGUGGUAGCGGUUUGCAGCACGGUAGAACAGGGAACCACCGGGGGGAUGCGGCCRCCGGGGGUGCCCGGCGAAAAGCUCCGGUUUGUGGCGUGCGAUCUCUUUCGGGAAGACAAGAACGACAACGACGGCGACGGCGACGCCCUGGUUCCGAUCGCCAAGGGAUUGCACACCAAAUACGUUCUCAAGCAAAGGACCAAGGGUUUUGUCGAAAGAAACGACAAACACCACGGUGGGAAUGGGACCUCGACGAAACAGGUCACACCAAGAUCGAAACUGUAGCUGGCUGGCCAUUGUACACACCUACGCAGUUGGUAGAAUUAUCACUUUGCACGACACGUCAUCUUGUCUCAACCGUACCAUUGCGAGUUGUUUCGGCAACGCCGCUGCCGGGUGCAGGCAGUUGGUCAAACAUGGUUAUACCACUGGUAUCAGCCUUGGCGAUGAGCUCAAGUCCGAUCCCAGCACCGGCCCCGGUGGCCCAAGCUAACCCUUCCUUAGCUCUGAGAAGCUCAGUCUCGAUUCUCUUCUUUUUUCCUUGGUGGCAGCGCCGGCCUUUGCCUCGGCUUUGAGAUUCUCUUCUUCUACCUUGGCUUUUUCCUCGACCUUGGCCUCGCUUCUCUUUGCUUCUGCCUUGACCACUGGAGAUUGGGAGAUUCCUGUUAUUAUAGAUGUGCUAAACUAGUAUAUUUAGCACUUUUAUUAAACAUAUAAUAACGGGAAUAAAUUUUUCAACGGAUAGACGACAAGGAAGGCAGGCCUCAAUCCAGUCUUUUUUGGAAUCUGGAAUCUUAAUUAUAGUUCAACAUAAUGACUAAAUUGUAUAAAAAAAAUAUGUAUGUUCCUCACACAAGUUGCCAUUAAACACAUUAAUAGACU